AUGGCGUCGCCUCUAUUAAGCUCGAUACGGGCUGUCCACCUCAAUUUCUGCAAACAAUGCCUGGCCACGUCUUCGAAACGAUCAUUCGCCUCCCAGACGGUGAAGCACGACCUCCGCUGCAGACCAUCAAACAUCGCGCAGCGCAUCCCAUCAAGAUGGCAGCAGCAACGAGCGUACAAGACCGUCCAAGAAGCCAAGUCACGGCAUAAAUCAGGAGUACGUACAGCAUACACCACGGAAUGCGUUGGAUGAUGUCUGACGUUCCCGUAGCCCUUCUCAUGGCAAGCCGGCCUCCUCUUCCUCCUCGCCGGUGCCGGCCUUACGAUCUACUUUCGCUACGAAAAAGCCCGCAUGUCUCGCGCACGAAUAGCAGAAGCCAAUAAAGGCAUCGGACGCCCGCUCGUCGGCGGCCCCUUCCACCUCACAAACUGCAACACCGACCCACCCUCAGAGUUCACUGAAUCCGACCUGAAGGGCAAAUACUCGCUGGUGUACUUUGGAUUCACACACUGCCCCGAUAUCUGUCCUGAAGAGCUAGAUAAGAUGGCGGGUAUGAUUGAUCGGGUGAAGGAGAAGCAUGGGGAAGGAGUACUGAAACCGGUCUUCAUUUCAUGCGACCCAGCACGGGAUACGCCCGAGGUGAUGAGGAGGUAUUUGGCGGAAUUUCAUGGGGACAUCAUUGGUUUGACGGGGGCGUGGGAGGAGGUGAAGGAUGUUUGCAAGGCUUAUCGGGUGUAUUUCUCUACGCCGCCUGACGUAAAGCCAGGGCAGGACUAUCUCGUCGACCAUUCGAUUUACUUCUACUUGAUGGGUGAGUGUAAGCAUUAGGGUUUCGGAACUUGUGCUGACUGUGCUGUGCAGAUCCCGAAGGAGACUUCGUCGAAGCUAUCGGACGAAACUUCACGGUCGAUGCUGCGGCCGAGGUUAUCAAUGACCACAUCGCGGACUGGAGGGGCAAGAUUGAUCGAUGA